AGCUGGGCAUCCUAUCCUGGGAGUCCAUUCAAGAGAAAAAAGGAAAAGAAAAGAAAAGAAAAAAGGCCACAGCAGCCAUGUCGUCGCCGGCCAUGGCGCUUGACGAAAAGACGGCGCGGGAGGAGAAAACGCCGCGCGAGUCGCACGCGCACGAGUCACGGGACAGCGCGCACGACGACGACGACGACGACGUCGAACGCCAAGACGACGCCCGCCGCCCGCGAUGGCAGCAGACGUGGAGUGCACUCGAGCGGCGGCUCGUCGAGCACAGCCUCGAGGCGCGCGGCAUCCAGCGUGUCGAGCCGCACGAGCGGCAGGACUUGGGUGUGCUCGGCUACUCGCAGAUAGGCAUCUUGUGGUUUAGUAUCAACCUGGCGGCCAACAACAUCACGCUCGGCAUGCUGGGGCCUGCCGUGUAUUUCCUCGGGUUCAAGGACGCGUGCUUGCUGGGCGUCUUUGGCGCGCUGGUGGGCUCGCUCGUCGUGGCGUAUAUCGCUAUAUUCGGCCCACGCAGCGGCAACAGGACCAUGAUCUUCUCGCGCUAUGUUACCGGGUGGUGGCCGUCCAAGGUCAUCGUGCUGCUCAACCUCACCGUGAUGCUGGGCUACGGAAUGAUAGACUGUGUGAUAGCGGGUCAGAUCCUGUCGGCCGUCUCCGGAAACUCCAUGUCUGUCGUCGUGGGCAUCAUCAUGAUCGCCAUCAUCACCUGGGCCAUCACGACGUUCGGGUACCAGCUCUUCCACUACUACGAGCGCUGGGCAUGGCUGCCCCAGGUCUUUGUGCUCUGCAUCUUAGCUGGCGUUGCGGGCCCCAACUUCAACACAGCGUCCAAGUCCGAGGGCGACCAGAAUCCCGAUACCGUCGUCGGGAGCCGCCUCAGCUUCUUCGGCCUGACGCUUGCAUCCGCCAUUACAUACGGCGGCGGUGCAGCCGACUACUCCGUCUACUACCCCGAGCACACGUCGUCUGUGAAGAUCUUCGCCAUGACCUUUGCCGGCCUGUGGUCCAGCUGCGCAUUCGCCUACAUCCUCGGCAUAGGCCUCGCAUCCGGCAUGGCGACCAACGCCGCUUGGAAAGGAGCAUACGGCAUCUCGCAGGGCGCACUCAUAAUCGAAGCCUACAAGCCUCUGGGUGGCUUUGGGUCUUUCUGCGGCGUAAUCGUGGCCUUGGGCAUGAUCGCCAACCUCAUGCCGCCCACGUACUCGUCUGGCAUCGACGCCCAGAUGCUCGGCCGCUACGCCGCCGCCAUCCCACGCGUAAUCUGGAACACAAUCGGCGUCAUCAUCUUCACCAUCUGCGCGCUAGCCGGCCGCGCCCAUCUCGCGGAAAUCUUUACAGACUUCCUCGCCCUCAUGGGCUACUGGGUCUCCAUCUGGUUCGCCCUCGUCCUGGAGGAACACAUGAUUUUCCGCCGCAAGACGGGCUUCAACUGGGAGGCGUGGAAUCAGCCUGAUAAGCUUCCAAUUGGCAUCGCGGCUUUCAUUGCCUUUGUUAUUGGCUGGAUUGGCGCCAUCAUGUGCAUGGCUCAGGUGUGGUAUAUUGGUCCUAUCGCCAAGAAAGUCGGAACAGCGGGUGCUGAUAUGGGCAAUUUUGUCGGUUUCGCGUGGGCUGCGCUGGUGUAUCCGCCGCUGAGAAUGCUGGAGCUCAAGCGCUUCGGUAGAUGAUUUAAGCUGCGUUUGUGUCGUUCCAAGGUCAUAUUAUUCCUCGCCCAUACAUCGUGGCUAAAAAAGAACUGUACAGCUUAGUUACAGCAAGUUGUUCACACGUCAAG